AAGGGUGAGUCUGUGGAAGAAGGGAAUUAUGAUUUUGGUAUUUUUUUGGUAUUGAAUAAAAGAAAGGAAGAAAGCGAAACCCUCUCCUUUUCUCGGAAAGGAAUGCGGAAAAUCCUGAGGGGCUGCAAAACGACAACCCCUGCGCUCAAAACGACGGCAACUCCGAGCACUCGACGAUUGCGGUGUUGAGUUGAGGCAUGUUAUUCGCUCACUCCUUCAACUCAAACUCCUGCUGCAGUUCUUCUUCUUCUUCGCAUCAUCGCAUCGAAUUGAGACGUUGACUUUGGAGGAAGAAGAAGAGAAUGGAGCAAUCGCUUUUGGAUGACAUAAUCAAUCGUCUCCUCGAAGUCCGUACCCGACCCGGGAAGCAGGUCCAGCUGUCGGAGUCCGAGAUCCGUCAACUCUGCGUCGUUUCCAGAGACAUUUUCCUGCAACAACCUAAUUUAUUGGAGCUCGAAGCGCCUAUUAAGAUUUGUGGUGAUGUACAUGGCCAAUAUUCUGAUCUCUUGAGGCUUUUUGAGUACGGUGGAUUACCUCCUGAAGCCAACUACUUAUUUUUGGGGGAUUACGUGGAUCGAGGGAAGCAGAGUUUAGAAACAAUUUGCCUUCUCCUUGCUUAUAAAAUAAAAUAUCCUGAGAACUUUUUCCUGUUACGGGGAAACCAUGAAUGUGCUUCUAUAAACCGGAUAUAUGGAUUUUAUGAUGAGUGCAAGAGAAGGUUCAAUGUAAGGUUAUGGAAGACAUUUACAGAGUGCUUCAACUGCCUGCCCGUGGCAGCCCUUGUUGAUGAAAAGAUUUUAUGUAUGCACGGAGGACUUUCUCCUGACUUACUUAAUUUGGAUCAGAUUAGAAAUAUACAGCGGCCCACAGAUGUUCCUGAUACAGGUUUGCUUUGUGAUCUCCUUUGGUCUGACCCAAGCAAAGAAGUUCAAGAAUGGGGAAUGAAUGAUAGAGGAGUUUCAUAUACAUUUGGUGCUGAUAAGGUCUCAGAGUUUCUUCAGAAACAUGAUCUUGAUCUUGUUUGUCGUGCACAUCAGGUUGUGGAAGAUGGAUACGAGUUCUUUGCUAAUCGACAGCUUGUAACAAUAUUUUCAGCACCUAAUUAUUGUGGGGAGUUUGACAAUGCCGGUGCUAUGAUGAGUGUUGACGAGACACUGAUGUGCUCUUUCCAAAUAUUAAAACCAGCUGAUAAAAAACCAAAGCUCAAUUUUGGAAGUACAACCACUGCUAAGCCUGGAAACUCCCCAGCAGGUGUAAAGUCCUUCCUGGGAGCGAAAGCAUGAAAUGAAAUUUUGCAAAAAGUUUGCUGCCUGCCACUUCGGGUUAGCUUGGGCUUAAACUCCUUUUGGUUGCAAGGGAAAGUCGGGUUCCUUUCGUCUAUAAUAUUUUGGAAUUGUAAAAUUAAAGGGAAACACCAUUAUGAACCAUGUAAACAAUUGUUUUUUAUCGGUACAAAUUUGCAUUUCAAGAUGGAAAGCCAUAAUCUGUUUGUUUUCGUUGUAUACUAAUAGCUGGUAUAUUUUCUUAACUGUAAGCUUCUCAAGCGUAGAUGGAUGCAUUCGCAUCUGUUGCUGAGAACCAUUUAUAAAUGCUUUAUACGGUUGGCAUAUAUGGAUGCCAGUUGAGGCUGGUAAAACAGAAUGUAGUCUAAUCUCUUUGUUUCUCGUUUUUA